AUGAACUUUUUUCCAAAUGAGAGGAUAAAAGGAUAAAGAACAACCUACACCAUUAUUAAAAGUUUAGAUAAUGGAAGUUAAGGAUACGUCUAUCAAGUAAAAGGAGAUGAUGAGAAAUUUUAUGCAUUGAAAAGAGUUACUCAGAUGAAAUAGAGUGAAAUAAAUUUCUUAUAAAUUUAUUUCAGAAAAUAGAACUCUUUUAGUUGCUUGCUGAUUUAAUACGAAUAUUUUUUUCACAUUAAUUACCUUGUAAUCAUUCAAGAAUAUUGUUCAGGUGGCAAUCUCUAUUAAAUGUUAUAGAAAUAAAAAUUAUAAUAAUAAGAAAUAUAAAAAAUUUUGUUAGAUGUAUAAAAAUAAUUAAUAUUUUAAGGUGUGCAGAUAAUUGUAAGUUUUAAGAGCAGAAUACUUUUUCCACAGAGAUCUUAAGCCUGAAAAUAUUUUAAUUUAGAAAGAUCCAAUAACAGGUAGAAAUCAAUAUAAAUUAUGUGAUUUUGGUGAAAUUAAAGAAAUUCAAUCAAAUAAUGCCAGAGGUACCUUAUAAAAUAAUAUUCUUAAAACUAUGAAUGUAGGAACACCAUACUAUUAAGCUCCAGAAGUUAUACAGUCAUAAAAUUAUGAUGAUUCUGCAGAUAUUUGGUCUUUAGGAACUUUAAUAUUUGAGCUUUAUACUUGCUAACCUUUAUUUAAUGGCAGAACUCUAUAUGAAAUACAAAAUUAAAUAUUAUCUUGCUAAUAAGAUGAAUAAGCUAUUCAUUAAAAAAUAGAUUAAAUUCAAACUGAUAUGAAAUAUAAAACUUUAAUAAAAUAAAUGUUAAGCUAUAAUCCUAAAGAUAGACCUUCACUAGAAAUUAUAUAAAAAGUAUAUUCAAUAGAAUAAGCAAUAGAUUUUGAAAGAACAAUUACUUAAAGUUUAAUUAAGACUUAAAAUGAAGUUGCUUCUUAAAACUAAAUUAAAUAAAAUAGACCAUUAUACUUUCAAAAUGAUUAUUAGAAUUUAAAUAAAUAAAAAUUUAAUUUUUAAAUUCCUUUAUAAAAUGCUCAGUUUUAACAUGAGAAUAAAGGAAAAUAAUUUGACUUUAAUUAAAACACUUAAAAUGUUUACUAAUAAAAUAAUAAGAAUUUUAUGUAGUGGUAAAAUAACUUUUAGUUCUAAUUUAAGCAUUAGAAUUAAAAUACUAUUAGUGAAAUUCCAAAUUUUAACUAAUUCUAACCAACUUAAGCCAUGAACUAAAAUUAAAUGAAUUAAUAUUUUCCUUAAAAUUUUCCUAAUCCCAAUUAAAAUUUUCCUAACCCCAAUUAAAAAUUUCCUUUCAAUCCUGAAAUAUUACAUAAUUUUNAAUAUUUUUUUCACAUUAAUUACCUUGUAAUCAUUCAAGAAUAUUGUUCAGGUGGCAAUCUCUAUUAAAUGUUAUAGAAAUAAAAAUUAUAAUAAUAAGAAAUAUAAAAAAUUUUGUUAGAUGUAUAAAAAUAAUUAAUAUUUUAAGGUGUGCAGAUAAUUGUAAGUUUUAAGAGCAGAAUACUUUUUCCACAGAGAUCUUAAGCCUGAAAAUAUUUUAAUUUAGAAAGAUCCAAUAACAGGUAGAAAUCAAUAUAAAUUAUGUGAUUUUGGUGAAAUUAAAGAAAUUCAAUCAAAUAAUGCCAGAGGUACCUUAUAAAAUAAUAUUCUUAAAACUAUGAAUGUAGGAACACCAUACUAUUAAGCUCCAGAAGUUAUACAGUCAUAAAAUUAUGAUGAUUCUGCAGAUAUUUGGUCUUUAGGAACUUUAAUAUUUGAGCUUUAUACUUGCUAACCUUUAUUUAAUGGCAGAACUCUAUAUGAAAUACAAAAUUAAAUAUUAUCUUGCUAAUAAGAUGAAUAAGCUAUUCAUUAAAAAAUAGAUUAAAUUCAAACUGAUAUGAAAUAUAAAACUUUAAUAAAAUAAAUGUUAAGCUAUAAUCCUAAAGAUAGACCUUCACUAGAAAUUAUAUAAAAAGUAUAUUCAAUAGAAUAAGCAAUAGAUUUUGAAAGAACAAUUACUUAAAGUUUAAUUAAGACUUAAAAUGAAGUUGCUUCUUAAAACUAAAUUAAAUAAAAUAGACCAUUAUACUUUCAAAAUGAUUAUUAGAAUUUAAAUAAAUAAAAAUUUAAUUUUUAAAUUCCUUUAUAAAAUGCUCAGUUUUAACAUGAGAAUAAAGGAAAAUAAUUUGACUUUAAUUAAAACACUUAAAAUGUUUACUAAUAAAAUAAUAAGAAUUUUAUGUAGUGGUAAAAUAACUUUUAGUUCUAAUUUAAGCAUUAGAAUUAAAAUACUAUUAGUGAAAUUCCAAAUUUUAACUAAUUCUAACCAACUUAAGCCAUGAACUAAAAUUAAAUGAAUUAAUAUUUUCCUUAAAAUUUUCCUAAUCCCAAUUAAAAUUUUCCUAACCCCAAUUAAAAAUUUCCUUUCAAUCCUGAAAUAUUACAUAAUUUUAAAUAGUCGUAAAACAAUACGGAUCAAAAACAAUAAAAAAAUGAAUUCAAUUUCUAAUAAGGUAAUAGUAUUUAUUAAAUAAAGGUCAAUUUGAAUAGAAUCAAAAUUAAAAUCAAUUAUACUAAAAGACCGACUAAAAAGUAUUUUAACCUUCAUAAAAUGUCAACAAUCCUAGGGUUGAUUAGAAUGUUUUUAAUUUCUAAUAAAAUAAAUUUUUUAAUCCACCAGAAAUAAAAUCAAUACAGAAUAAUCUUUAAAAUAACUACUAAUAAUAGUAAGAGUAAGUAUGUUAAUUUAAAUAAACUCUGCAAAAAGAAUAUUAUGAAUCAAAUAAAAAUGAGGAAAAGUAAUAAGAAUAAGUUGAAAUAAUUGCAGACCCUUCUAAAUAUAUAGAAUAAAAUAAAAAUUAAGAACUAUUAGAAUAAUAAUAAUAAAAAAUGAUAUAAAAUGAUGAAAAUAUAUUAUAAUAGAAUAAGAUAAAAGAAAUUAAUAAGAAAAUAAAAGAAAAGUUCAAUAUUCCUGAGGAGAUUUUAUUUAUCUAGAAUGAGUAGGAUUUAACAAAAGAAGAAUAUUCAAAAAAAAUUAGUUAGUAUUUAAUGUAAUAAUAUGAGAGUAUAAAGAAUUUGAGAAAAUAAGAAAUUAAUAUUUGA